GGGUGGGGCCCAGCGCUCACCCGCGAGCUGAGCGAACUGGGUGUCGCUGCGGUCCACGUCCCCGCGCGGGGCUGAAUCGCUGAAGUGGCUGCGCUGCGGUGCGAGGGCCACAGGCCUGCCGCGCCCGGGUGUGUCUGACACUGCAGAGGAGCAUCUGCCUCUGUCCUACAUGUGCCUCAGCCAAUGCCAUGGCCUGGGAGUGCCCUGCCCAGCCGCUCUCACCUGCAAAGCCAGACUUAAUAUGGCAGGUACAGAAUGCCAAGCCCACAGCUACCCAAGGAGGACAUCAGCCUGGCCUCCCAGUCGGCACUGAGCAGCUGCCUCUGAUCCCUGGGCCAAGCAGAAGGCAACUGUUGAUAGCCUGAAGGGCUGGCCGGCUGAGAGUCUCAGAGACCACCAGCCCUGCUUCCAGCUCACCAGCAAGAUGUGGACAGCCCUGGUGCUGCUUUGGAUUUCCUCCGUGCUCUUAUCUAGAAGCCAUAUGGUGUCUGAGGAGCCGCGACACUUAGUCACAACCAAGAUGUGGCCUAAGGUGGUAAAGCAAAGGAUGCCUAGGGCCACAGAUCCAAGAGCUGAUAAUAAAUCCACCGAGAGAACCGCCACCAUGCCGCCUGCUUCUGUCACAUCGACCACAGGGACCUGGGCAGCCAGCCUGAACUCUACCAAUGUGACAGCAGAGAUGACAACACACUGGGCUAACAUGAGCGCUCCAACACCCAGAGAGGGCACUACGGACAGUGUGACCUCCAGGACUCCUGUACCACCUACAUCGCCAGGCCCCUCGUCUGUGGGGCAGACUCUACCCAUCACCUCUGCUGGGCUUUCCUCUCUCAGCACACCUCGUGCAGAAGUGCCAAGUACAAAUGCCAGGACAUCACCAGGAACAGCCACAGGGGCAACAGUGGCCCCACACACCAUGACUAUUGCUGCAGGCACCAUAAACACAAGCGGUCCCACAAGGGCUCUGAGCCCUACCAAAAGCACACCUACUAACACAUCCACUAUGAACCCCACACCCACCUCAGGUGCCCCAACACCAGGUACCACCAUCCAAGUGACCACAGGACAGCUGGUGUCUAGCACAGGUGGAUCAACUCCUAGCCCUGUAAAUAGCACCCUGGAGCCCACCACCACCCGCCCUGUGACUUCAGUGUCCUCUACAGUAGUGACCACCACCCAGACACAAACCAAGGAGCCAACUGCCAGCACAGUGCCAGUGCCUCCUACCAGCCCGACCCCUGAAGUGGAAGCCACAUCCCCCACCACACAGCCAAGCCCUGCAUUACCUACCCAGGGGCCGGGUGGGCCGGGCACACCCUUGACAACAGAGCAGGUGGAGACCAAAGCCACAGCCAGUACUGCCUCUGCUGGGCCGACACCCAGGAGCUCCGGGGACCCUAAGGUGCCAACCACAGACUCAUGUCAGCUCAGCACCCAAGGCCAGUACCUAGUGGUCACCACCGAGCCCCUGACCCCAUCCUUGGUGAACAAAAUGUUACUUUUGGCGGUGCUCGCACUUGGGGUGACCCUGUUCAUUGCAGUUCUGGUGAUGUUCGCCCUGCAAGCCUUUGAGAGCUACAAGAAGAAGGACUACACGCAGGUGGACUACCUGAUCAACGGCAUGUACGCUGACUCGGAGAUGUGAGGGCCCCAGGAGGCCGGCCUCUUCCAUGGCGACAAACCAAGUGCUUCCAGAUCCUUUCGGUGCAAUUUCAGAGCUGUGUCACAGGCGUAGACACAUUUGAUUGCUGUCAGAUCAACUCCACUAUCAGGAGAGAGCUGCCUUUUCAUAGUUAUUUUUUUAAACGAUCACAUAUGCAAGAGUGGCCAGGGUCGAGGGGACCUGGCCCUCCAUGUGUGAAAUCUUGACCAGAAUUAAAAGCACUGACCGCUCUCCA